CCCGAUUGAAAGGACGAAAUUCCUGCUGCCAAAUAAGUGAUACACAAUAGAAAGAAAAUAAGAGAAAACAAAUAAAAAUAAUAAAAUAAAUAUUUUAUCUGAGCAAAAAGUUAAUAGAAUUAGUACAGCAAGAACAUUUGCAGUCUUUGGAAAACUGCGCCCAAACACUUUUUGUUUUGGGCCCAAUCCAAACAUGUGGCACAGCCCGAUUGCGGGCUACGCAUACAUAUAGAGCCGUAGCCAAUUGGGGUUUACAUUUUGGAUAAUGGGCGAGACGGCGGGCAACGCUAGUGGAGCUGCUGCAACUGCUGCGGCUCUGCACUCCUUGGACAGCUACGAUGUGAUCUAUGAUGCUGGACAGGAGCACUCAGAUGAUAUGCAAAGCGUUUCGCAUAUGGAUUGGCCAUUUUUGAUAAAGGGCAUCCUGGAGAGCAGGCAGACAUGUGCGCCAACCACGCCGGAUACCCUGCCCGCUCUGCUGUGGGCCAUCAUAGCCGUGUUUGGCAUCGUCUACGCUCUGCUCGGCUAUCGCUGCCUGCGCGCUGUUGGCUUUCUGAGCGGGCUAAUGGUGGGCGCCAACGGGAUAUUUAUACUGCAGGACUUCCAAAUCACUUGGCUGGGCAAGCCAGCUGACUCGGCGCUGGCCAUCGUCGCUGGACUCCUGGGCGCUGUGCUCGGCUCUACGUAUCCCGUCGCCUCGGUCUUGAUCAGCGCCUUUGCUGGCGCCUUGCUGUCGGGCGCUGCGAUGGCAGUCUGUGUGGCCACAAUGCCGGACAACGAGUUCGGAUAUCGCGAGAUCUAUGUGGCUGUGGUCGGUGGCGCCGUCAUCUGUUCGGUGCUGACGCUGUGCUGCGUCAAGUAUGUCACGAUAUUGACAUCGAGCAUUGUGGGCACGGCCAUGGUGAUCGGUGCCAUUGACUUCUUUAUGCACAGCUUGGAGACAGUCAACUGGAUACUGAGCAUGAAGCCGCAUCCGUUGCCGCCGCCUUGCUACGGCGGGCUCUUGAUAACCGCGUGGCCGCUGACCAUUGUGAUCAGCAUUAUGGUGCAGUGCUUCAUUACCGCUUGGCGUGUCGAUCAUCGCAAGCGUCUCUAUAUGCGACACCAUCAACAGCAUCCGCAUGGCAAUCAUCAUCUGCCCCAUGGCCAACAGCCACCGGGCGCCGGUGGCGUCGGCAAUCCCCAUGUGCCGAUGCGCCGGUCGCAGUCGCGCACUCGUGAGACACGCGAGGAGGCCAGGCAGCGCAAGUUCCGUUAUCUGUACCAGGUGCGAACGGCACGCGGCGACAUCAUCUCCCAGAACUUUGUGUCGGCUUUGCAGAAGCGUAUUCAGCUGAGCGGCACAGAGACGCCGUCGGAGCGUUCCAUUAAGACUAGUUCCAAUGAGCGGAACACGUUCCGGAGCGAUCGAACACACUUUACGACCAUUCACGAUCCCGAACUGUGCGACAAAAUCGAGAUCGUGCGCGACAUUGGAUAACAAACAAGCAAUAGCUACAUGUAACUAUAUCCGUAAGGGAGGCCGGAGCGAGGGGCGUGGCAAGUCGGAAUUGGGUCGGGGGAAGAGGGCGAGACGAUGGCCAAAACUAGAGCAGAACUUACGGAUUGGGAUAAAAGAAACAUGUAGCUAAGAGGGCGAAGAACAAGUUGGAUCAAGACAAAAUUUAGCAGAAGCUUUAACUAGAGGAAGAAGAAAGAGUUGGGAAAAGAGUGCAAGAGAGAGAGAGAUAGAGAGAUAGAGAGAUAGAGAGAGAGGGCGUAUGGAACUUUUUUUUGGUUACUGAAAACAUAAAGAAGAUAUUUGAAAAAUAUCUCACAUGAAAAAGCUUGAUAGAAGUUAAGAUUUAAAGAAAAAAGCACAAUUUAGAAAUGGCAUAAAAUUUGAAACAAUAUAUAAUAUAUAGGGGAAUACAGAGUACAGAGCUGAAAAGUCAAUGAAGUACGUUGGGAAACUAUGGUUGAACACUACAAGGGAAAAGCUGAAUUGCUCAGUAAAUGAUUAUUCAAAGAAAGCUUUAGCUGAGUAUUUAACGAAACACUAAGAACUUUAGCUGAAUAGCCAAGUACUCACAGGAAAUGCAGCUGAAUAGCCCUAUAUUCAAAGAGAUAUUGAAAAAUUUAGCUGAAUAUGAUAAGAAAUGAUGCAAUCUUAAGCUGAAUAGCGGAACUUGAAACAUAUUGUAAAAUUUAGCUCGAGAGCCGCGUAUUCAAAAAAUGCUUUACCUGAAAAGCUGAAUACUUAAAGAAGACUUAAGCUGAAUAUGCAAAAAUUGAUUGAAAAGCUUUGGUGGUUGGCUGAAAUCUUUAAAAAAAACUUAAGCUGUGUAGCUGUCGGCUGAAUAACCGAGUUUUCAUAAGCAACAUUUGAAAACUUUCGCUGAAUAACUGCGAAUUCGGAAACUGCGCUAGAUGAAUAUCUGAGUAUUCAACGAAUAUAGAGAUAAACCUAACCGGCUCUACAUAUAAUAUUGUCUUACGUAACUCCCAUAAUAUCUGGUUACUUUACUUUAGAAGAAGUUCCCGUUGCAUCCGCUAAUCUAGCUAGAGUUUCCAGAAACAGAAUCACAUAAAACUUCAGCUCUGGAUUUUGCAUUACAUAGCACUUAGACAGCUCGAUCUAUAGAGAUCUACAUGGAUCCCCUUCGAUCUAUAGCUAUAAACUACACAAGAUGUUUGUUCUACAGAAAAAAAACAAGAUGUUACUGGCAGCUAAACGAGUCUAGAGUAUUGAGGCAUAUAUAUAGUAUUACCGAUCAGGUAGCACUGGCGCUACAUACAUAUAUAGAGAGCUAUUCAGAUAAAGACAUAGAUAUAUAAGUACGUGAUCGUAAGCUUAUAUGGAAACGUAAUGGUUGCUCCAGUUCGAAUAGCGCAUUGUUUCUCUUCACACUAAGCUAUAUAUGGUAUAUAUAUAUUAUAUAGAUCUAAGCUAGUUUUGCGUAUUCCUUGUGUGCUCUCUUUAAACUGGAACUAAACACUA